AUGAUAAAUUUUCUAGAUUAUUUGAUUGACAGGAAAAAAAGAAAAAUAAAAUUAGAAAGAAAUAAAAUUAUAUUAUUACAGCCAACUGUUGAGUUUAAAUUUAAAAAUCAAAAAUUAAAAAAAAUAAAAUCAAAAAUAACAACAGCAGGAACUAGUUUUCUCAAAUUCCCCAACAUUCGAGGACAGGAACAAUUCAAAUUAGGGUAGCUCCACGGGUUUUCGUGGAUGGAUGUGUCGGAGAUCGGGGAUUGUCAGGUAAGGGAUUCAGGGUUGGGUUCUUGCCAAAAAAUUGUCGGGGUAUGGGGGUGGGGGACUGGGUGUUACCCUACUUCCAAUGAAUAUCUA